AUGUUAUUGGCCAACACCACGGUUGCCAACAUUAUCUCGAGGGCCUUCCCGUCCGAUGCGCUCCUCAGGCGCCACCCCCCUCCCAACGCCAAGAAGAUGGCCGACUUCCUGCGCUUCGCCUGCCAGCAGGGCGUGCUCUCAGCAGAGUUCUGCAGGAAGCUGGUGCGGGAGUGCCCGGAACUGAAGCAGCUUAUAGCGGGUACAAGCGGCGGAAAAGGGCCAGGAGGCUCGGAGGAGACAGAAGGGGAGACGGAGGGAGCCGGGGGUAGCGUGGAUUGUGUGAUUCCGUCCAAGGUGCUAAGUGAAAUACUUAACGAGGUGGGGCGGGCGGUGGAGGAUCCAGGGGAGAAAGCGCUGCUGCUGCUGAUGGCCACUAAGCCCAUGCAGCUGGCCCAGUACUUCUGUCGAGGGCAGUGGGGUGAGAGUAAUGGGGAUGAUAGUAACGAGGAUGGUGAGGUUGGCUAUGAGGAGGGUGGUGAUGGUUAUGGGUUCCCUAGGGGAGGUGGUUCUGGGGGAGGUAGGUCUGGUGGCCGCAGUGGCAGUGUGGGUGGGCCUCGGGGAGGUAGGUCUGGGGGAGGUAGAUCCGGGGGAGGCAGGUCUGGGGGAGGUAGAUCUCGGGGAGGCAGGGGAGGUAGAUCUGGGGGAGGUAGAUCUGCGGGGGGAGGUGCAUUUGCUGCCAGCGCAGGUACAUCUGGUGCAGGCACAUCUGGUGGAGAAGGCGAAUGGACGUCUCAUUACGGCCUUGCUCUUGACCUAUACACGCACUUCACCUCCCCGAUUCGCCGAUACGCUGACGUCAUCGUUCACCGCCAGCUGGCGGCCGCGCUGGCGGCAGAGGAGAGGCUUAUAGCGAGGAUGGGGCUGAGUAGCAGCGUGAAGUGGGAGAAAAAGGGGUUGGGUGUAGGAGAAGGGGGAGGAAGUGCAGGAGGAAAAGCAGGAGGGGAAGGAGGAGGGAGAGGUGAAGCAGGAGGGGCAGAGGGAAGUGGUGUUGGAGCAGGAGGAGCAGGAGGGAGUGGGCAUGGGGCGAGUAGCUCUAGUGAUGUUACCCUACUCAGGAAGCUCACAGGGGUAGCGCCUGGAGGUAAGGUGCUUACUGCUGUGGGGGAUCCCCUGGGGCUGCUGGCAGGGUGCGGAGGGAGUGGGGGAGAGGGGAAGGGAGAAGCGAGGGGAGAGUUUGCAGGGGAGGGUUUGCGGGGAGGGCGAGGAGGAGGGAGAGACGGGGGCAGGAGAGGAGGGAGAGGAGGGAGAGGAGGGAGAGGAGGUAGAUGGGGAGGGAGAGGCCGUGGAGGGAGAGGAGGGCGAGGAGGAGCAGGAGGAGGAGAGGUGAAUGAAGACAAGAAGAGCUUGUUACGCCAACAGCUGGUAACCGCAGUGCGGCACGAGUGCCAGCUGGUGCACAAGGAACGAGAUAUGCCGGCCGCCAACGCCGUCGCUGACGUGGCGACGCGGUGCAACGAGAGGAAGCUCGCUGCCCGAUACGCGCAGGAGGCGAGCGAGAGGCUGUUCCUGUGCCUGCUGCUCAAGCGCACGCAGGGGUGUCUGUCAAAUGCUUGGGUGGUGAAUAUCGGACCCCGCUACAUGAACGUCUACAUUGAACGCUUUGGGAUGGAGCGACCCAUGCACUUCAACUCUAUUCCCAACACCACCUGCCAAUGGGUCGCAGCCACUGGUACCGUCAUCAUCAGCGCCAAGCCUCCUCCUUCCGAGGCUAACGCCAAGGCUCGGAACGGAAAGGCUCGGAAAGACCAGGCUCAGAACGGCGAGGCUGGGAACGCUGCAGGGUGCAAGGCAGCAGCGGCGUUGGUGGCAGAUCUACCAGCAAAUGACCUGGCCCAUAUGAUUUCGCCCUCAGCAUUGGUUCAGAAUAAUGGUGUUACAAGCGGUGGCAGCGGUGGUAGUGAGGAGGAAGGAAGCAACAGUGCAGUGGCAAGUGAAGGUUUGGAGGAUUCUACUGGGGUUUCAGGCUUGGCAGCAGAUGAUCUUGCGCAUCACAUCUCGCCCGAUUUACUUCAAGGAGAUGAUGAUGCAGAUGGUGGAGCAGGUGGUGCUUAUAACGAGGAUGACAGUAUCUUGUUAGUCGAUGGAGGGCUAGCAGCUGCGGCAGAGGCAGCAGCAGGAGUGGGAGAUGAGGGAGAAGGGGGAGUUCUGCAGCCUGUAGUGUUGCCGUUGACUCUCCGUGUGAUGGCUCAGGUGCCUGUGUUUGUGCAUACCAUAGGGGGUGGCAAGCAGUUGAUGGAUAUUGCGUCCCUUGGGAACGAGAUUGCUGGUGUAAGCAGUCAUGCUGAGGCAAUUAAGCCGAUUAAGCUCGAGUUUCAUAUUUUUCUCCAAGACCCGGCUAUUUGUUGCAGCAGGGUGCUGUCACUUGAUAGACAUCGCGGUUGGGUAACAUUUGCACUCCCACGGUUGUUCGGGAUGCCGAUCGGAAAACAACGGCAAGGCGAGGGGGACGACGAUGAGAACGGCGGGAAGGAGCGGCAUCGGUCGCACAGGGAGAGGGACAGCGACGGCCAUGGCGGCCCGACCCGUCCGCUCGCGUCGCUAAUGUCGACCGCUCCUCACGUUCCGCAUGGGCCGAGAUCCCAUCAUGGACACGACGCGGGACACGCGGGGCACGCGGGACACACAGGAAGCGCGGGACACGCGGGAAACGCGGGCCACGCGGGGCAGAGGAGUCAUGGUAGUGAUCCCGGACCAAGAGCUUCGCAGGACGUUCAUCGGUCUUCGCAUCACGACCCAUCGCCUGCCCUCGACAAGCAUCUUUCAUCCCUUCUCGCAGACAUUAAUGCCGUUUGCUCGAAACCGGGAGGCGGCUUGCCGAAUCUCAAGGCCGUCGAGUCGCUUCUCUCGCUUGUGAACGCCGACAAGAGCGACGGGCGGCGGAAGCUCGGUUUCGCCGACGCCGUCGCACGUCGUCGCGCGGUCGCUCUCGCAGUCGCAGCCACGGACGAGGAGUCGUGCCUGUCGCAUUUCAUCGCGAAAGGAGGCCUGAAAACCCUAGACGAAUGGUUGCAGGAGACUCACAAGGGCAAAUAUAGCCACGGGAACACCAGCAGCGGCAGCGGCGGCGGCGGAAGCGGCAGGGGAGGAGAUACAGUCGACCAGGCCGCUUUAGACGACCUCUUAUUGGCGCUUCUUCGCGCGCUAGCGCGAUUGCCGGUGGAUCUCGAGGCGCUCAAGAGUUGCGUGGUGGGCAAAUCGGUGAACCAGCUGCGCAGCCAGCGCAACACGGAGGUGCAGAGGCGCGCAAAGCGGUUGGUGGAGGUUUGGAAGAGGCGCGUGGACGAGACGCUCGCGGAGAACAUGGGGCGGAAGAGCGCAGGGGGAGGGGGAAGCGCAGGCGGGAGCGUAGGGGGAGGGGGAAGUGCAGGGGCGAGUGGAGGGGGAGGCGGAACGGGAGCGCCAGCGAACGUAGGUACAGCAGCAAGUGGAGGGGCAGCAGCUUCAGGAGCAGAAACAGGGGCGGGGGGGGCAGGUGCGAAAAAAGGGUCACCCGUUUUAGUCACACCUGUAGCCGCAUCGCCCCUGCGACCGUCCGGUGGUUCGUCCCCUGCGUCUUCUCCAACCCAGCCUACAGCAGGCUCGGGACAGCUUCGGACAUCCAAACCUAGUGGCUCGGCAGCGGACGGGGAUGACCUUGGCGGGACGCCGGGGGCUGGGAAAGGGCGAGGGGGAGGCGGAGUGGGGGAAGGGGGGCGCCCGCCCCCUUCCCCCUUGUCUGUUCCGGGGGGCAGCCCCAGGGGCAGGGGAGAGUCGCAGGUUUCGCCAGGGAGCCUGCGAAGUGGUAACCAGAAGGGUCACGCGAGUGGGUUACCGAAAUCGGGUGGGAGUGGAAGCAAGGUGGCGAGUCCAAGAGGAGUAGAGCGAGAUGCGAACAGCAAGGCAGAUUUGCGUUUCACGGGCAUGGGAGGGAGUUUUGGAGAAGGAAUAGUAGGCGGAAGGCAAGAGCGCAUGGGUGCUGAUGCAGUUGGCCCGUUUGCGGAUGGAGUGGCGGCUGCAGGAGCAGCGAAUGUGGGUGCAGCAGGGAGUGGGAAGGAGGUGGAGAGCCGGCAACAGCAGGGAGAGGCGACGAGGGAGGGGGGAGGGGAGGAGGAGGAGAAGGGGGGAAAGAGCAGAAGUGCUGCUGCAACUGCUGGUGGUGGUUCUGGUGGUGCUGGUGCUGCUGGUGGUGCUGAUUCUGGUGGUGGUCGUGAUGGUGGGGACGCAAGGCAAGAAUCUGGUGACGUGGGUAGUGGGAGAAGGAGCGGGGGAGGCGGACAGGAUGUAGCAGGGGAAAGGGCAGGAGAAGAGACGGGAGCAGAGACACGGGCAGGGGGAGGGGCAGGGGCAAGGUCAGGGGCAGGGGCAGGGACAGAUAAGGGCGAUGGGGCAGGAGAGCAGGGGAUGGUGACACAGGAGGGGGACUUGAAGGGGGAAGAAGGCGGAGGAGUAGGAGGAUUAGCAGAGGCAGCCGUUGCAAGGCCUACACAGAAGGAGGGUGCUGCAGGGAGAGGGAUGGGAGAUGGAGGGGAAGAGCGUGGGAAAGAGGAGGAGGAGAAGGAGGAGGAAGCUAUUGGUGUGACAGAGCUGGGGGGAGCAGCAGUCAGGGUUGCUUCUGAGGGCAGAUCUGAGAAGCAUCAGAAGCCGGUUCAGGAGGAUACUUGUGGGGCAGGUCAGAAACAGGCCGCGGGGGAUCGACUGAGUGAGGGGAAUGCUGCAGAGGUGGCAGGAGGCGCAGGGAAGGAGUGGAGUGGGAGCGAGCGGGAAGCUUCUGGGAAUGGUCCUCUGGGGGGCCGUGGCGAGUUUGGGGGCGCGAGGGAAAGAGAAGAGGGGGAAGAAGGAGAGGAGAGGAAAGGAAGGGACGGAUCGAAGGAUAGAGAGGGAGUGGGAGAAAGAGAGGGCGUGAGAGAGCGGGAGGGGGGAAGAGAGAGGGAGAGCGAUCCUGGCCCUGGGAGUGGAGGAGGGGGUUUGAAAGCUGACGUGGCACUGGCAACUGGUGGGGGGCUGGCAGGGCGGCAUACUUUGGACUAUCUGCCUCUGCCGCCCAGAAGAAGAGGGUCGGAUAGUGAUCGGCCCCGUGCCCCCACCGGUUCGAGCGUAGUCACAGGCAGGCGGUCAGCCGUGAUUAUAAAGGGCACGGGCGGCGGCAACUGCAACAGUGCAGAUGCGGACGAGGAUUCGCCGCCCACUGAGACUGCUACAGUGCUGGCUUCGCUCAUGAGCGUGGCGAGUGCAGGUAGGGCUGAUCUGGAGGAGUUGCCAACUGGGGAAGGAGGCGCCAAGGUGGGAACUGGAAGAGGUACUGAGAGGGGCGGUGGUGGGGGCAGAGAAUUAGGGUUUGGGGGAUGUGAGGCAGAAGGGGGAUGA